GUGAAUUAAUUCAACUGAUAAGUUUAAUUUCAACCAUAACAAAACAAUCUCGUAAAACGACAGAUCACAAAUUAUCACAAAAGUACCCGAGUUCCGAGACACGAGAGUAAUUUGGUAAUUUCACUGUUGUACCUGAGUUCCAAGACGCGAGAGAAAUCUGGUAUGAAUUACAGUGAUGUCCUGGUUAUCAGGAAUUACAGGUAAGGCAGAGCAGCUACUAAAUAAAUUGGACCAAUCAGCUGCUGAUGCUCUAACUACCACUGAGACCCAAUCUCAGGAGUGGCCAUCAAAAUUAAACACCCAGAGCCGUGUCACUUUGGAUUCUUCAUCCUUUGUUAGCAAACCUUUGAAACAAAGCACCACAUUAAAAACUCAGACCGUGUCAGAUAUUGGAUCAGCCUCAAGCAAAAAAAUUAAGCUAACUGCUGCUUCAGUACAGUCUGGUACCAAAACCCAAUUAAGUACUGCUACACCACAGUCUGGGACCAAGAAAAAAGUAGAUAAUGAUGAAGCAUUGUUCGAUUUUCUAAACAGCAGUGAACCAUUAGAUACUUCUAAGAAGAAAGUGACACCAACAAGUAGUGCUCGACAUUCCAGACAUUCUAGUACUUCCUCUGUUUUAUCAAAUAAGGGUGGAAAAAUAACAGAGAACCCUCCAUCAUCUAACAGUGGAUCAUCUAUUGUUCAUGUGGAUUCCAUCCAUGGCUCAGGAAGUGAAAGAGGAAGUCCUUCAGAAACAGAUGUAAAUGUAGAUGUUGCUACUUUAGCUGAAGCUAUGUUGGAUCAAAGUCCUAGCAACAGUGUUCAUAGUAGCCAAGACCAGGAGUCAACUGGAGAAACACAACAGACUUUGUCAUCCCUAGAGCUUGAGAACAAACUUCUGAAAAAUGAAGUACAGUCACUAAAUCAGGAAAUGUCUUCAGUAGUAAAUCGUGCUAAAGAGGCUGAAAUGGAGUUACUAAGACUAAAGAAAAAGAUGGAUGAAUAUAACCGAUCCUCUUCAAAACAUGAUCAUGUAUUGAGAGAGUUACAGACUAGAGAAUCAGAUCUAAUGGAAGUGUUAAAUGCUAAAGAUUCUCAGCUAGCAGUCUUGAGAAUAAGGUUAGAGGAAGCAGAUAAAAACUUGCAAAGUAGCAAAAAAGAAAUGGAUAGACUUCAAGGUGAAAAAUCAAGAAUACUUCAAGAUCAUACAGAUUCAAGUGGCAUGCACAGUCAGGCUUUAGACUCUCUGAAACAGAAACUUGCUGAAGUAGAAGAUUCAUUGAAAACAGAACAGCAGUCAUACAAGCAAGCACAGCAAGAAUCAGCUGGUAGACAAUGUAUAUUAGAAAAAGAACAGAAAACAUUUACAGACGCUUUAGCAUUGGCAGAAAAGAAGGCUUCUGAUGAUAGAACAAAAGUGAAAGAUUUGAUGAAUCAACUGAAACUAGCUCGACACAAUUUAGAUUGUGCAAAGCAAGAGCUGGCUGAAUACAAGGAGAAAGCCACAAGAAUUUUGCAGUCAAAAGAAAGACUAAUUGCAAGUCUAAGAGAAGGCUCAGGAGCGUCAGGGGAAUCUGUUGGUGUGUCAAAUCUAGAGUAUGAUUCUGUCAAGCAGGAGAGAGAUAUGUUUAGGGAAGAAUUGCAGCAUUCAAAGAUGACAGCUGAAAACCUAGGAUUAGAGCUGCAGGAAAUAGAGAGCCAGUUACAACAAGAUAAUGAUUCUGCUAAUGAACAGAUAAAGUCAAUGGAAGAGAAUUUGCAGGAAGAAAAAAGAAUACGGCUAGAUUUUGAACAGGAGAUUCUCAAUCAAAAGCAGGAGCUCCAGUAUACUGUUGAAGAAAUUAAUAGGCAAAAAACAGCAUUUCAAAAUAAGAUAGCAGAUAGAGAAGCUGACAUUGAAAAAUUACAAAAUCAGUUAACAACCAAGACAAUGAGUUCAUCAACAGAGGGAGAGUUAGAAUCCAGAGUUCGGUCUUUGACAGAAAGUUUGAUUCAAAAACAAACUAUGUUAGAAUCAUUAAGUACAGAAAAAAAUUCACUAACAGUACAGCUGGAGAGAUUACAGCAACAGUAUAAAGAUAUACAGUCAUCAUCUGUACGAACAAACACAACAGUAGUACAAGUACAUGAGGAAGACGAUGUCCGACAACGACUACCAGCUUUCAUGAGAGAAACCCCAACUGAUGCAGAAGUGACAAAGAAGAUGAAAAGAGCUGUAUCUACCAUAGACAAAUUUAGCAUCAGACUUGGAGUGUUCCUACGAAGAAAUCCCAUGAGUCGUAUUUUCAUUAUUUUGUAUAUGGGUUUGCUUCAUGUUUGGGUGAUGGUAGUGCUUAUGACUUAUCAACCAGAAAUACACGGUACAGACUCCAAACAACCACACGAUCCACAUACUUGAAGUGGUAUUUCAAAUAUGACUGUGUGAUAAAAUACCUUGUGCCUAUAUCGGACAUGCUGUUACAGAAAUUAUGCUAUAUGUAUCAUUUAUGCUGCUCUUGACAUUCAUAUUUUGUUUAUUAUCAAUGUAUUGGUGAUACUCGACAAAAUUCUAAAGCUCUGUGUUACAGUAAAAAGGAGGUUAUAUCUAAUAAAUCUUUCAAACUGUAUGUGGAAUGAUUUAACUAUAAUACAAACCUUUAUGUUUAAGCUGUCAUUGUGUCAUUUUACAACUGUAAGAAAGGAUAUCAAUAUUCAAUUACUUCUCUAUUUCGUCACCAUUUGUACCUUACCUUAUUUCUAGCAUAUCUAUAGGAGUUUUGUUGUUUACUGAUGUAUCAAAACAAAUAGAACAAUAUCAGUCAGAUCUUGGUAAAUGUAUUAUAAGAUUUAGGAAAAAUAACACUGUACAUGUUCUACCCAAAAGAUAUUUGCUUGAAUUUUGUUUAAACAACAUCAGUUCAGUCAACAUUUUUAGUAGACACUGAUGUCUUCAUCUUGUAUAUGUUCAAGUGACAAUUUAAGCACACAGUGGUGUCAUAGAAGUGACAUAAUCACUCCCCUGAAACUUUUCUAAAAUGUAAAUAUUUUAUCUUUGAAAUAUAUGAAAGGUUUGAUUUUCAUACGACCACAAAAAUUUUGUGGUCGUAUUAAUGGUAUGAAGUUGUCGUCAUCGUCGUCGUCGUCGUCCAAAGACGUUUGGUUUCCAGACAAUAAGUAUGGGUCUCUAUGAAAUUGUACCACAAGGUUCCAUACCUCAAAAGGAAUGUUGGGAUCGAUUUUGGCCGUUACUGUCCUAACCGUCUAGGAAUAAGGGACCAAAAACAAGAAUUUUACUUGUUUCUGGAUAUUAACUUGUGUAAAUUUAUCUCUAUGAAAUUGUACCACAAGGUUCCAUACCUCAAAAGGAAGGUUGGGAUUGAUUUUGGGGAUUAAGGCCCAAACCGUUUAAGUAUUAGGAGGUAAAAAAAACAAGGAUUUUCUGGUUUCCGGAAAAUUACUUAAGUAUAAGUCUAUGGAUCUAUGAAAUUGUACCACAAGGUUCCAUACCAAAAAAAAGGGAGGUUUGGAUGGAUUUUGGGGGUUAUGGCACUAAUGUAUAGGAAUUAGGGGCCAAAAAAAGGGCCACAAACAUUACUUUUCUAAUACUUUGUUCUUGACCAAUUUCAAUGGGGUUUAAUUCAAAGUCUUGAAUUUUUGGGUUUCUUUAAUAUGCUGAAUCUAAUCGUGUAUAUAGAUUUUGGGCCCCGUUUUCAAAUUGGUUCAAAGGGUCCAAAAUUAAACUUUGUUUGAUUUCAUCAAAAAUUGAAUUAAUGGGUUUUUUUGAUCUACCGAAUCUAACUGCAUAUUUAUAUUUUAAAUUUUGGGCCUGGUUUUCAAAUUGGUCCACAUUAAGUCCAAAGGGUCCAAAAUUAAAACUUUUUUUUUUGGUUUGAUUUCAACAAAAAUUGAAUAUAUGGGGUACUUUGAUAUGCUAAAAUCUAACCGUGUUUUUGGAUUUUGUGCCCCGUUAUCAAAUUGGUCCACAUUGAGUUCCUAAGGGUCCACAAUUAAACUUUGAUUUAAUCCAAAAUUUCAUUCUUGGGGUUAUUUGAUAUUCUGAAUCUAAUCAUGCAUUUAGAUUUUGGAUAUUGGACCAUAAUAGGUAAUUGUCCAAUUUCAAAUUUUUGAGUUCUUAGACCACAGUUUUUCUGUGUCGGAAACCUAUGUUGUGUCAAAUAUUUAAUCACAAUCCAAAUUCAGAGCUUUAUCAAGCUAAAAUUUUGUAUCCAUACUGCCCCAACUGUUCAGGGUUCGACCUCUGCGGUCGUAUGAAUCUGCGCCCUGAGGAGCAUUUUAUUGAUAAAAUGUAGUCAAUAAAUUUACUCAUGUAAUUUUCUGCUAUUUUAAUUAAUCCAGAAACAUAAGAUGCGUGCAUCGAAAUUGGUUAGGGCCAAGUUCGCUAUUACAAUCACAUAGAAUCUGAUGUCCGUCCUAAAUUUAAAUAAAAAUCUCCUCUGAAACCUCUUUGGCCUAUUAACGCCAAACUUGGUCACAAUUAUCCAUAGUGUGUUUAGUUAGAAAAUGAUGGAUUUAGCUUGCAGACCUUCAAACAUGUUCAUUUUAUACAAUUAAUCUUUUGGGACGCAUCACAUUUGCUCGAAUUUGAGGAUUAUUCUUUUUUAUGUUUCCUCGCAUCUUUUGAUAAUUAUUUGCGUUCGUAUUAUGUUAUGGUGUUGUCUGCGUCUGCUUCUGAAGACAUUUUGGUUCGCAGACAAUAACUUGAGUAUAAAGUGCAUGGAUCUCGAUGUUUUUUUUAGGAUAUUGUAUUAAUGAUGAAUUAUAUUUUGGAAAUUG